AUGAUAAGAAUAGUCAAAAUUCUUCCAUUCUUACUGCUAUUAUUUGCAUUUGUGGCAGCAAAAUCGAAGAAGCAUGAUCGUAAAUCCAGUCUCUUUGUACCAAAUACUUACAUAAUUGAAUUUGAUCAACCUAUUAGCCACUCAUUCAAUUUGAAUAACAAUAAUAAACGACAUUUACUUGGUAAAAGAAAAGCCAGCUUUUAUGAACAGCUCAAUACAUUUAAUAUUAGUUACAAUGUUCGAUAUGAAUAUGAAAUAAUGAAUGCUGUCUCGAUUUCUUUUAAAAGUCCUGAAGACACUUUAUUAUUUUUUAAAAAUACGCCAAAUAUAAAAAAGGCGUGGCCUGUGAAUACAGUAUCAAAACCAUCUUCAUUUCGAUCCAAUGUAACAAAUGAUAAUAAAAUAGCUGGCUUGUUUGAACUUUAUAAUGUUACUGGUAUACAUAAAAUGAGGAAUGAAUUAGGAUUGACUGGGAGAGGAAUUAAGGUAGGUAUCAUUGACACAGGUGUUGAUUAUACACAUCCUGCCUUGGGAAGUUGUUUUGGUGAAAAUUGUCGUGUUGCUUAUGGUUAUGAUUUUGUUGGAGACACGUAUAAUGGAAAAAAUACUCCUAUUCCGAAUAAUGAUCCAUUAGAUAAUUGUAAUGGGCAUGGUACUCACGUUACUGGUAUCAUUGGUGCAAAUCAACCAAAUAUUAAUUUUACUGGUAUUGCACCGGAAGUAUACCUUUUGAUGUUAGUUACUUUUGGAGCUUAUCGAAUUUUUGGAUGCUCAGGAACGAGCUCAGAUGAUAUUAUUAUAAAAGCUAUGGAAAAGGCCUAUUUAGAUGGUAUGGAUGUUGUUAAUCUAUCAUUAGGUGAUGGUGGAUGGCCAGAAUCCCCUAUAUCCCUAUUGGCAAAUGAAUUAGCGUUAAAGGGGAUGAUUGUGUGUGCUGCUGCAGGGAAUGAGGGUGCUAAAGGUAUGUUUGAAGUGGGUGCACCUUCACUUGGAAAAUAUGCUUUAUCUAUUGCUAGUAUUGACAAUAGUUAUGUACUCUCACAUACAAUCAAAUACGAUAGCGAUAAAAAAAUAGAUUAUCACAAUUAUAACGCCAACCUAUUCCGUUUUAAAGAAGUGACUCUCAUUGCUAACUCAAAACAGUUUUUACAAAAACACGAUGGCUGUGACCCUUUGAAAACAAAAGUGGAGGGUAAAUUUGUUCUUAUGAGUCGCGGUGGUUGUACAUUUACGAAUAAAAUGAUGAAUGCUCAAAACGCUGGUGCUAUAGGCGUCUUAUUUUACAAUAAUGGUCCUGGUGAAUUCACUCCUUCCUUAUUAACUAAUUCAACCAUUCAUAUUGAUUAUGGAAGUAUAUCUCAGCAAGAAGGUCAUGAUUUAUUUCAAUUUUUGAAAAGGAAUCCUUCUGAUUUUUCUGGUCUCAUUGAAUUUAUCGCAGAAGAUAGUGUUUUACCUAUUCCUACAGCAGGUUCAAUUAGUUCUUUUAGCUCAUGGGGAUUAGGUCCGGAUUUAAGUAUAAAGCCUGACAUCAGUGCACCAGGAGGAAAAAUCUAUUCUACUUAUCCUGUGUCUCUUGGUAGUUAUGCAACUUUAAGUGGAACAAGUAUGGCAAGCCCUUAUGUUGCAGGUAUUGUUGCUUUACUUCAAGAAGCUAGAGGAGGUAAUCGAGCUAUUCAUGUGAAUGAAGUCCGUACCAUAUUGAUCAAUAACGGACAUCCUUUCAAUCGAUACAAUUCUGAAGAGUUAGAAUCAGUAGCAAGACAGGGUUCUGGACUGAUUGAUGGUUAUCAAGCGAUUAGAUCGGACACAAUCGUCAUACCCGAACAUAUCCGACUGAAUGAUACUGAGCAUAGUGCUGACAAUCAUGAAUAUACACUCACUAUUAAAAAUAAUGGUCGUAUGGCUGCUGAAUACUAUAUAAGCCAUAGAGUAGCAAGUACUGCUCAAGGGUUUCAGCAAAAUACAUAUGACAAUACUCAAAACAUGUUCCCUCUUAAUAUACCUAUUAUGUUAUCUGAUUAUGAGGCAGAGGCGAUGGUAGAUAUUUAUGACCCCAUAGUUUUGAUAGACGCAAAUGAAGAAAGGAAUAUUACUAUACGUAUCUCUCCGCCUCUUAACUCAGACUCAAUGCCUCCCUCCAUCUAUUCAGGAUACAUUACUGUCACUAAAGACGAGAAGAGUAUCAUUUAUGUGCCCUACGCUGGACUUACGUCAAGUUUAUCAAAAUUACCUGUAUUAGUUAUGAAUGAUACAAUGCCUACCCUUGUUCAUAAACGAAUAAAUAGUGAUUUUUCCAUCAUUCUCUUGUCCUUUCAAUUAGCAGAGGCGUCUCCAUUAGUGAAAAUAUCAGCUGUAAGUGCAGCUGACGUUAACCAACACUUUGGUUUCAUUCCUGGUGGAUAUAUCAGAUAUGCUAAAAGAAAUAGUCCUGAAGAUUUACUCGAUGUUAUGGUUCUGCCUUGGUAUGGUAACGUAGCUGCCACAACUGAACAAGUUAGCUUGGGUCCCUCCCUUCAUCAAAGUAAAACCCAGCAAAAUCAAUAUCAAAGUCUUCAAAUAGAUCCUCAGCUCACUACCUUUCAACCAUUUAUCUCUCAAAUCGGUACCAAACUCAAAGCGGGUUCUUAUAAACUGAAAUUAAUGGCAUUACGUCCUUUUGGUGAUCUAAAUAAUGAAGACGACUAUGAUAUUUGGUAUUCACCUGAGAUAGAGUUUAAUUAA